UCUGGGCUGGAAGAGUGUGAGAGGGAGAUGAGAUUGGCAGAAGGGGUUCCGUGCCCCAGGUAGACUGUGGGGGAGGCUGUUAGCCUGGCUGCCGCCAUGGUGAUGAAGGGAGACACCCGAGUGCCUUCAUGUGCAGCCCGAAGCAGGACCAGUCCCCAGACUCACUCUACCCACUGGCAGGCAUGGGGCCAGCACACCUUUGCCUUCUCUCUGGGCUGGCACUCUUUCACCCAGACAGGGAUUUUGUUCCCAGGAGGCACUCCCCGGCCCAUGGGAUCUCGGCAUUCAAAGCAGAACAAGAAACCUGGGCCCCUGAAACGAGGCCACCGAAGAGACCGGAGAUCGUCCCGGAGGAAGUACUGGAAAGAAGGAAGGGAGAUCGCUGGGCCUGGGGAAUCAAGCACCAAUGUGAAGCUGAAGAGAGUCCUGGAGACAGGGGGCAGUGACACCGAGUCUGUCCAGGCCACGCCCGUGGCUGGGGUGUGGCCCUGGGCCUGGGGAGGGUCGCUGUUUGAAAGAAGGAUGCAACUUUAUAAAAUGACUCCUGUCCUAGACGAUGAGGGCAGUAACCUGAGGCAGCAGAAGCUUGACCGGCAGCGGGCCCUGCUGGAGCAGAAGCAGAAGAAGAAGCGCCAGGAGCCCCUGAUGGUGCAGGCCAAUGCGGACGGGCGGCCCCGGAGCCGGCGGGCCCGGCGGUCCGAGGAGCAAGCCCCCCUGGUGGAGUCCUACCUCAGCAGUAGCGGCAGCACCGGCUACCAAGUUCAAGAGGCCGAGUCACUUGCCAGCGUGCAGCUGGGAGCCACCCACCCACCAGCACCAGCACCAGCCUCUGCCAAGAAAAGCAAGGCAGCGGCCACAUCAGGGCUCCAGGGAGGGGCCUCCAAGCAGGAGAAGAAGGGAAAGCACAAAGGGACCAGCGGGCCUGCAGCCCUGGCAGAAGACAAGGCUGAGGCCCACGGCCCCGUGCAGAUCCUCACUGUGGGCCAGUCAGACUACGCUCAGGACGCAGGGGAGACAGCAGCCGGUGGGGGCGCACGGCCCAGCGGGCAGGACCUCCGUGCCACGAUGCAGAGGAAGGGCAUCUCCAGCAGUAUGAGCUUUGAUGAGGAAGAGGAGGAUGAGGAUGAGAACAGCUCUAGCUCCUCCCAGCUAAACAGCAACACUCGCCCCAGCUCAGCCACUAGCAGGAAGUCAGUCAGGGAGGCAGCCUCAGCCCCCAGCCCAACAGCCCCAGAGCCACCUGUGGAUGUUGAGGUGCAGGAUCUUGAGGAAUUUGCAUUGAGGCCAGCCCCACAGGGUAUCACCAUCAAAUGCCGCAUCACUCGGGACAAGAAGGGCAUGGACCGGGGCAUGUACCCCACAUACUUUCUGCAUCUGGAUCGUGAAGAUGGCAAGAAGGUGUUCCUCCUGGCGGGAAGGAAAAGAAAGAAGAGUAAAACUUCCAAUUACCUCAUCUCUGUGGACCCAACAGACUUGUCUCGAGGAGGGGACAGCUACAUCGGGAAAUUGCGGUCCAACCUGAUGGGCACCAAGUUCACCAUUUAUGACAAUGGUGUCAACCCUCAAAAGGCGUCAUCCUCCACUUUGGAAAGCGGAGCCCUGCGUCAGGAGCUGGCGGCUGUGUGCUAUGAGACAAACGUCUUGGGCUUCAAGGGGCCUCGGAAGAUGAGUGUGAUUGUUCCCGGCAUGAACAUGGUUCACGAAAGAGUCUCGAUCCGUCCCCGCAAUGAGCACGAGACGCUGCUGGCACGCUGGCAGAACAAGAACACGGAGAGCAUCAUCGAGCUGCAGAACAAGACGCCGGUGUGGAACGACGACACGCAGUCCUACGUUCUCAACUUCCACGGGCGCGUCACGCAGGCCUCUGUGAAGAACUUCCAGAUCAUCCAUGGCAAUGACCCGGACUACAUCGUCAUGCAGUUUGGCCGGGUAGCGGAAGACGUGUUCACCAUGGACUACAACUACCCACUGUGCGCGCUGCAGGCCUUUGCCAUCGCCCUGUCCAGCUUCGACAGCAAGCUGGCCUGCGAGUAGCGGCCCCCCCUCGGACCCUUUCGGGGUGGCCCAGCCUGGAGUGGAGCCUGCCUGCCUGCCCACCUGCCUGCCUGUGGAGACAGCCCAUGCCAACCUCUGUUCCUAGGCCUUCUGCCCGACGAAGCUGUGGCCCUCAGCAGGCUCCCUGGCCCGGCCAACGAGGGACCGGCUGCUCUACCGUCGCCGCGGAGGCGAGGCAGCAGCAAGUGGGUGUGAAGGGACGAGAGUAGUUCUGUGCCCCCAGAUCACGUGCCCUUCUUUUGGGUCAGUCCUCUGCUUCAGCCGUGUCGGCCACACUGAGCAGCCGCUUUAGCCAGAAGAGGCACAGAGGGGAGCAAGCACAAGCCGGGCCGCCGCGGCCCAGCAGCCCACUCGGCCAGGAGUCAGGACAGUGGUGCACCAUGGGGCUGUAUGUGUCCAUGUGUAGGCCACAUGACCUUCAAGUAGCAACGGGCUUGAUGGCCAGCAGAAAGCCCUCCUACUUCAAAAGGGCCCAUUCAGGUGUGAGGGGGUGUCCCUUGUAUCAGCUUGGGGGACAGGUGAGUGGCAGGACCUUGCCGGAAGUGCAGGGGCCUGGCUAAGUGUGGCUGUAGGGAUCAGCCGACGCCUGAGAGUCUGAGCUCAUUUGUCAUUCCAGAUUUGCACUGUGGGGCAAGGGGGACCCAGCUCUCAAGGCCAAAUGUCUCAGUGGUUAGGGGGCCUACAGGGGGUGCCCAUGCAGGCUCCCUGCAGCAAAGCUGUCCUAAGAGACCUGCCAACUGUCCCAGCAGCUUUUAGCUGAACAGCCCCAGUACAACACAUGAGAUCCAUAGGUGGGGGUACCCGUCACCAGCCCUUGCUGGCUGAGGACCAUUACCAAGUCAUGCUGCGCUUCAGGAAGAAUGUGCUCUCCGAAGGGACCAGCUCUGGGUGGUCUGACUGUGUCUCAGCUCCCAUCGUUGCUAACCAAGCUGUGGCCGGUGAGGGCAAUGUGUGGGGCUCCCCUUGGGCUAGGAGAGCAGAGGGUAUUUCCGGAGCACAAGAGGUCAGAGGUGGCAGGACUCUUAGGGAUCCACAUAACUUCGGUGAAUCUCAUUGAGACAAUGGGACUUGUCCUGGUGACGUAGCUGGUUAAUGGCAGAGUUUAGAACCUCAAGUUCUCUUUAUUUCCUUAUUCCCACAACUUCCCAAGAAACUAGACCCUCCAGCUGUCUGGGGUCCAUUCUGCAUGCCCUUUCCCUUCUCUGGUUCCAGAGACUUAGGAACUGACGUCACAGUUUUUGUAUAAGAUGGAGACAUUUCAGUAGGGAAUCAGGCAGUUGUGAUGGUAGUUAGUGGGUUUCUGCACACCACUGUGAUCAAGCCCACCCGUCUGCGGGCUGCAGGCCCUGAACAGGCCUCAGUAAGGCGGCUGCCAGCUUGUGUGGGAAGGUGUAGCAGGCAGCCUUAACCGGGCUGCCCUGCCUGUUGCCUCUCUCACUGCCUCUGCCACUCUCCCUGGAUGGCGCCCCCACCCUGCCGGAUUGGGAACUGGACUCUGGCCUGCUUGUCCUUUGCCUUGGCAGAGGCUGCCUGAUGAGGUGGAAAUGAGAAAUCUGUGGGAAGCAAGUAGCAUUGGGGCCUUGCUUUAGAGUAGACAUGCUUGUAUAGGCUGAGUAGACAUUUUUUUUAUUUUUAGAACUCUGGGGUCAGGCUGUGUGUACGUAAGGCUUUACAGGGAAGAUGCUAUUUUGACAUAGGUAUACGUACUGCGUGCGCGCUCGUUUCUUUGUAGUGCAGAUUUUCAUGUUGAAUGCUUUUGGCCAGGCACACAGGUCAUAGCAGGAUCUGACCACACCUGAGCUGUACGGCUCUGAGCGGCCUCUUCAGUGAGCUAGCCUCUGUCCACACAGUCUACUUUCUAGAAGGCACUAGGACUUUCUGUGCUGGGGCUGGCCUCUCCUGAUACAGGAGUGUGGUGCCAUUUCCUUUCCAUAGUGAGCCUGCUUGCCUACUUUUCUUCCUACCUGAGAAACUUGUUGGCAGGACAGGGGAUGGAGACUCACUGAGUUCUAGUCUGGUGCAGCUGUAUGGAACAACAGGCCGAUCUGGAGUCCGAUGAGAGAGACCGGGUGGUAGGGUAGACACCCUUGGCCUCCGCUCUGCUUUAGCACACAGCAAGGGUGGGCUAGCUGGGAGCAGGAAGCAGGCUGAGCAUUGUCACCUGGCUGUGGAGAAGAGCAGCCCAGUCACCUGCGUAAGCCCAGCCUCGCGAGGUCGCUCUUAAGACUGUGCCUCUGGUGAUGCUGCCUUACCUUGACCACUGGCCCUGUGGCCACAGGCUCUUGGACUCACAGAGCUGCCAGGGCCCUGGGUUUAGCCUCCCCCACAGUUUUUCACGUCCUCUGCCCAGUCGUUCUCUGACUGGCCAGUGAAUUGGUGAUGGGAAGAGCAGUCCGUACAGGGUGUUGGGCAGCUGGGACCUUGGGCAGCUCCUCUAACUGCUGUCAGUACCCCUCCCCCCAAAACUCUCCACCCUCUGCUCCAAAACUGUUCCUCUGCAGAGUGGUGAUGUUCAUCUCCCUGACUCUCCUCCAAGUCUAGCUUGUCUUCACUUCUGGCUCCAAGGUGCUCUGUGUCCAUCUGUGUGUCUGUCUGCAUGUCCGUGUGCGUGUGUGUCUGGGGAAAAUGGGACUCUACAAUCAACUGAAGUUUCUGAAGAUCUGUUUCCGAGGACGAGAAGGAAGGAAGGAGGAGGCAGCCGCGGUCACCCGCAGCUCAGUCCCUUCACUUCACGGGCUGUGAACAGAAGGUGCCCGCGGGGAACUGCCAGCUCCUUUCCCCCCAGGGUUCUGAACAGGAAGAGCCCAUUCAAGGAAGUUGUCUUUCAGUUCUCACUUAAUAUCACCUGGAGACAUUGUUGCCACAUGCAUCCUUUUAGGUGAAUCUGAACAUUCUCUAGUAACGGUGCCUUAACAAUCAUGACACUGGUUUAGAGGAAGCACGUAAGGUCCAGACCAACGGUGGAGACAGGUGUUGGGAGCCAGGGGUGUGGCGACAGGCUCCAUGUGAGCUCUCAGCGCCUAUUACCUUCAGUGACAAGUAGGGUAACAGGAUUAUAGAGGCAAAGUUUUCCCUCAUUCUAGAAAAAAAAAAGGCUCUCUGCCUCUAAUCGACUUCCUCUUUAUUUAAAGGUACUUGUAAGUUUAACAGGGAUAUGACUGCUAAGAAAAAAGCACCCAUGCUUUGCUCAGAUGGGGUCUGCAGAGAAGGGAGCUCUUGGGAUAAGCUGUAUCCUUGGCUCUGCUAUUGCAAGCACAACCUCCAUCUCCCGGAUGGAUGGCCUGGUUUUCCCUUACCAACCCUGGCCUUCCCUUCUCUGUAACUCUCUGCCCAGGCUGUGCCAUCCCUGUGGGAUCUCAGGGUGCCAGGCGCCAUCAGGGCACACUUCUCCAGGUAGCUGAAUGAGUGUGCUUCCUUAGGGUGCCUAGCACUGGUACUGGGGCCUGACUGCCCUGCAGAGGUUGUGGGGGGUCUUACACUGCCCGGAGCCCUGGCUUGUAGACUUCCCACAGCUCCUAGGAAUAGGCCAAGGCACACAUUCUUAUUUCAGUUUAUGACCACCUGUCCCCAUGUACCUCCAGUUGAUAAUUUUCUAUCAUUUAAGACAUGGAGGGGCAGAAAAGAAGUCUUGGGAUGGGUGUAAGGUGUCCAGUCCUGUGGAGAGGCAAGCUGGUCUUACAGGGAUGACUUCCAGCAGCUGUGUGAUUUCAUAAACACGUGAUGUCUAGGUCUGCUCUCUCAACUGCAGAGGGAAGAUGCUGGACUCCUUUCUAGCUGUAGGGCUCAGGGUGAGGGGAAGUCAAACCCUUGCUUUCGUCAUGACCUCCUGCUAUUGCUGUGCCUUCUUCCUUUCCUAAGACAUCACAUCCCUCUCCUCCUCUGUCCUCCUGUUCUUCCCUCCCCAACCAAGGUCCAGGCAGGGCUGCAGAGGACGCUGGGGUCCAGGGUUUCCUAGAGGGCACCUCCCAGUGGCUUAGAAGCCCAGCUCCGGCCUCUUCACUCCCGCAUCGGUGUUGACAGAGGGGCUUGGUAGGGUGGGGCUCGAUCGGGUUGGACAGCAUCUCUUUUGCUGGGGACACACAGUUAGCCAGCUUUCCCAACGCCUAGAACGUGUAUGUCUAUUUGCACAAGAUUGUCUUUUCCUGUUUUGGAGUGGUCAGACAUUUUACUUUUGUUCAAAAUUAUCUGGAGUUUUAGACAAACUUGCAAAACUGUGCUUUUAUUAUGUGACUUUUUGAAUAAACUUUUUUGGUAUUCUGAAGCAAAUGUAUUUAUUUAUUGGUAUGUGCAAUGACAGACUUGGUAUUUUCCCAUGACAUUAUGUAUGUUGUAGAAUUUACUGUUUGUCUAAGCAUAGACAUAUAUCAACAAAUUAAACUUGAAUUGUUUCAACA